AGUGUAAGUCGGUGCUCCUUUUAUUCCCACUAUGACUACAUUCUCUGUUCUUGUUUUCCAAGGAGAGAGAUCAAGGAUGGCCAUGGCGACUCUUCUUCAAGUGUUUCUUCUGGCUUUACUACUACCUUCAAAGGCUGACGAAAUCUUCGACGUUCGGAAGCAUGUCUCGACAGUUACGAGAUAUGAUAUUGGGAAAGAUGCGGCUGCCGAUAACUAUGUAGCUUCUACCAUUCCAGAUGGAUGCACUGCAAUCCACUUAAAUCUUGUGGCAAGGCAUGGAACUCGGUCUCCUACCAAGAAACGUAUCAGGGAAUUAGACAACUUGACCAGCCGUUUGGAAGUGCUUCUAAGAGAUGCAAAAGUUGAGGCACAAAAAGGAAAUAUAUCUUUGCAGAAAAUUCCUUCUUGGUUAUGGGGAUGGCAAUCUCCUUGGAAAGGAAGGCAGCGGGGUGGAGAAUUGACUAGAAUAGGAGAAAAUGAGUUGUAUAAUCUUGCAGUUAGAGUCAGAGAAAGAUUUCCGGAUUUAUUUGAUGAAGAAUAUCACCCUGACACAUUUGUGAUUAAGGCAACCCAGGUUGCUCGGGCUUCUGCUAGUGCUGUGGCAUUUGGUAUUGGGCUCUUUAAUGGGAAAGGUAGUCUUGGAACAGGAAAGCAUCGUGCUUUUGCCGUAAUCAGUGAGAGCCGUGCCAGUGAUAUAUUGCUGAGGUUUCAUGAUUGUUGUGAAAGUUACAAGGCAUACAGGAAAAGUCAGGAGCCUGCUGUUGACAAGCUUAAGGAACCUAUCCUAGAUGAAAUUACAUCUGCAUUAGUGAGUCGCUACCAGCUGAAUUUCACAAGACAGGACACUGCUUUACUCUGGUUUCUGUGCAAGCAGGAGGCGUCAUUAUUGGACAUAACUGACCAAGCUUGUAGCCUUUUCAGCCCCUUUGAGAUUUCUUUACUGGAGUGGACAGACGAUCUGGAACUAUUUAUACUGAAGGGAUAUGGUAAAGCAAUAAAUUAUCGCAUGGGAUUGCCACUACUUCAAGAUGUUGUUCAGUCCAUGGAGCAAGCUAUAAAGUCCAAAGAAGAAAACCUUAUUACAGGCACUUAUGAGAAGGCAAGGCUUCGUUUUGCACAUGCUGAGACAGUGGUACCAUUCUCUUGUUUGCUAGGUCUAUUUCUUGAGGGAUCUGAAUUUGAACAAAUACUGAGGGAGCAGCCUUUGGAACUACCUCCCAAACCUCCCCAGCGAAGAAACUGGAAGGGUAGCAUCGUGGCACCUUUUGCUGGAAACAAUAUGCUGGUUUUGCACAGCUGUCCAAACGACAAUUCUAGAAAGUACUUUGUGCAAGUACUGCACAAUGAAGUUCCAGUUCCUAUGCCUGGUUGUGAUAAUAAGGAUUUCUGUCCAUUUGAUGUUUUCAAGGAAAGGAUCGUCAAUCCUCAUUUGAAGCAUGACUAUGAUUCACUCUGCAGUAGUAAGUUAGAAGCUCAGGAGCCCAAACCUGUUACUAGCAAGUUGACACAGUUAUACCGUUGGUUGCUCGGUCAGGAUGGUAAAAUACAGAAAGACAAAGUUGAAUUGUAGUUAUUUUUUCCAUGAAAAGGAAGUUUUUAUAUUCUCUUUCUGUAGCAGAAAUUUCUUCUUUGUAACUUGAGUUUCAGCUACGGCCAAGCCUUUCGUCUAGCAAGUCCACUCUACGAGGUCCUGUGAGGUUACAAGCUUGAUUCUGGAUUUCGCAUCAAAGGAAUUUUAACUACAGGAAGUACAGUGCUCAUUUUGCGAGGUUGGACUGACUGAAUUGCUUGGCCCUUUUAUUAACUAGUGUCAAAAGUUGUAUCCUGGUUCAACGUUCUCAGUGAUGCCAAUCUUUUCACUUCUACUUUGGUUUCAUAGAUGUGUUUGUUAAGGAAUUAGAAUCUGUUUGUCUAA